CUUUUUAUUUUUAUAUUGAUGAAUAUUUUUCUUUCAUUUUUUUUUUUCUUUUCCUUUCUUUUGUUUGUAGUAUGUCAACCCUUGACACAAGCAGUAGUAAUGAAUCAAUGAUUGGACAAGAUUUUGCUGCGAGCAUUGUUGUUGCAGACUUGGCUAUUCGAUCCAGCACAUUUAUUCCUACUUCUCAACCCUCAACACAAGAAAGAAAAUCAAAACGACGUGUCACUUUCAAUCUAGAUGAUAUUCAGAUCCAAACUAUUCCUGCUUAUUCUUCUUCUUCAUCUUCUUCAUCAGAUAUAUCAUUUCAAGUUGAACGUAUCUCAAAAAAGGAAAGUUAUGAUGCUCUGCAACAACGAAAGCAGUCUAGACGACAUAAACAACCAGCCAUAAAACCAGAAUAUUGGUAUCCAUUUGCUAAACAUAGCUUGACAAGGCAGCCAUCAUUGCCUACCCUCAGGUCCCUGGAAAUGACAGAACAAUUGAUUGCAGAAUCCAUUCAACGAGAAAUGGCCCUCUAUCCUCACUUACUACAGCAUAUACCUGGAAGAGAUACACCUUCUUCAUCUUCAACAAAUAAAAGUUUAUUAAUCAUAGAUACAGAUGAAGAAGAAGAAGAAGAAGAAGAAGAAGAAGAAGAAGAAGAAGAGGAAGAGGAAGAGGAAGAGGAAGUUGCUGGCCAACAAGACACUCUUUCCCUUGAAACAACAUUAUCAGAUGAUGAUCCAAUAUGUAUUCCAUAUGAUAAACCGAUAGAAAAACAAACAAGACAUUCUCUUUUUGUUAAAGUAAUUCAAGUAGAUAACCUUGAUCUUCCUAUAGAGAAUGAUAACAUCGAUAUUUAUUGCACAAUAAGAUAUAAAGACAAAGAAACCAAAUCCCCUCAUCAAUCAUUAAGGCAUAACCUUCAUUUUCAGCAUGAAAUGAGAAUUGAUGAUGUUGAUCCUAAUGAACAAGUAGCCAUUACACUCCAUAUCACUCGAAAGAACACAACAUGGUAUCACAAGAUAAAGCCUACUUUAGAUCUUUAUCGUUAUGUACAUGAAAAAGACGGGUCUGUCUGUCAAACAGUGUUUCAAGCAGACCAGUUUAUAGACUCAUCCAACAUAGCAGCAUUAAUGUUAGUCAACAAUUGGUAUUCAACAGAACCCAGUUCAUUACUCAAAAGAACAUCGUCUAUCAUUAAAAAAAGACCGCAGUCAAUAGCAAAAGAAAAGGCAGUAGGCAAGAUUGUGAUUCAAUGUCUUGGUGUGAAAAUGAAAGAAGAAAUGAAUUAUGUGCCACACGAUAUGCAAGAAGCCAUAGAAGCUACACUUGCAAAACGCUUUUAUCAGACUGAAUGGCAAUCAGGCUAUUUAACACAACUUGGAGGCAAUACAGAGACACCCAAAUACUGCUAUUUUGUCUUAAAAGGAGCUGAUUUGAUUGCUUAUGAUCAAGAUGAGCCCUUGUACAAAAUACCACUGUCAAGAGCGACACGACUGAUAUGUGAAAACCGAAUUAUGUCUGAAAGACCUGCUUAUCAAUACCCACUCUUAAAGCCAGAUACACUGAUACAUGAGCUCGAAUCCAUUCAACAAGACAAUGGCAGGCCAAUCAGUCUCACAAAUCGAUUUCAGCUGUUGUUUGGUGAACAGCAGAUCCAGUUCAGUUGUGAAUCUGUGGAUGAACUCAAUAAAUGGGUCACUCUCUUAACAGUCAUGCUUACUACUUUACCCAAACUACCUGAUUGGAUUCAUAUGUAAAUACAGUUUAUUU